AUGAGGUUCGUUAGAUCUUGGCCAUCUUUGUGUUGGCUAAAGAAUGGAUUCAUUAGGCAUUACUUAAAUUGCAUGGAUAUGGAAAUGACACACAAGUUUGAUGCAACAAGAGGGUAUUUUACAACAUAUACUCCUACAGAAUGUGAUGCUAGCUCUCUCAAUCCAGCUCAGAUUCGUAUUAGCCACUCAAAGGAAUGUGUCUUCAGUUGUUUGGAGGCUUUUGCCUGCAGGAAGAUCAAACUUAGUUUUGAUGGUAGCUUUCUUGGCAAGCGAGCACAUGUUAUCUACGGUGUGAUGGUUAAGCUUGAGAAUCCAUUAAUGUUGAUGGUAACUGUCAGCGUGUGGCCGGACCACAACAUUGAGAUGAACCCUUUGUGCCUCCUUCUACUCAUGAUUUAUUUGGUAGUGAAGGAAGAAAAAUUAAAAGAUAAACCUGGAUAUGAGCACCUUAAUGAGCCGCUACACGUCUUGGUGGAGGCUGAAUUACCAGAAGAUAUAAUAGAAUCCCGGUUGGAUCAUGCAGUGGCAUUACUAGAAAACCUUUUGAAGCCCAUGGAUGAAUCCAUGGAUAUAUAUAAGAAGCAACAACUAAGAGAAUUGGCCCUGCUAAAUGGUACGCUUAGGGAAGAAAGCCCUUGCAUGAGCCCAAGUAUGAGCCCCAGCAUGUCUCCCUUUAAUAGCACAGGAAUGAAACGAGCCAAGACAGGAAGAUAGCACUUUUGUUAUCAAUGGUGGUGAAUUCUUUUCAUUGCUGGAUCUCUAGUGCCUGUACGAUGGAUAUCCAAAUGGUUUUGUCCCGACGAGCAUAACCUAUAGGAAUCUUUUGAGGCCCAGAAUUCUUGAAUGGUGAGGAGGAACUUCUAAGCUUGCUGGGGGCAUCUGAAAUUUGGCAUCUUGGACAGGAAUGUGCUUCAUGACUUCGAUUCCAUAAGGUUUCAUAUACAUCUUAAAUCAUCCAUUCUUUCAUGUUAGAU